AUGUUAGAUCUCGUGUUGGGCAACCUCGAACCCGAGCAGGUUACGGUGUCUACAGGAUUGGAACCCUUAGUGCCAAUAGACCAGUACCAUCCUGUACUUGAAGUUAGAUUUCAAAUUUCGAUUGGUUUCCUGCCCACCUCGCCACCUACUGAUGUACGCCCUAAAACUAGGCCUGAUUGGAACUGGCGUAAGGCUGACCUUCAAGGUUUAUAUGGGACGCUGGCUGCUAUGGAUUGGUCUGAUUUGUUUGGCGUUGACGAUGCAGAUUCAGCUGUAGAACUGUUCUAUACAAAAUUAUAUGAUAGCAUAAAUUGUUUUGUACCAUCUAAAAUCAAAUCCACGUGUAAUAAACGGUACAUUUAUCCUAAAUGGUAUACUGCAGACAUUAUACGUGAUAUUAAGAAUAAAUACUUUCAUUUGAAACGCUAUAGGACUGAAGGUAAGGAGUUCAACAAAGAACUUUUCAAAUUCUAUAGAUGGCGAGUUAAAAUAUUAAUAGACAACGCUCAUAAGCAAAAUUUGAAAGAACUCCAAAAAAAUAUUAUCAACGACCCGGGUAAAUUCUGGGAGCAUGUUAAAGAUAAAAAGAGGGAGAGAUGUCACAUCGAUGCUUUUAAGUUUAACGGCAAUGAAGUGACUGGUCAGGCUGCAGCCGACGCCUUUGCCGAAUACUUUGGCUCAGUGUUUCAGAGUGAGGUUCCACAGCUAGAUUCUGGUGAGGCUGCACGUUCAGCACGUGCGGAUGCCACUGCCAUUUCUAUAGAUAUCAUUGACAAAUCUGAUCUAAGAGAAGCAAUGAAGCGCAUUAAGGCGCGAUCAUCUGGUGGCCCCGAUGGUAUUCCAGUGUUUCUUGCUAAGGACUGCAUAUCUGCUCUUCAGGAGCCCCUUUUGUACAUAUUCAACCUCUGUCUCAGACGCUCUAAGUACCCGAAGCAGUGGAGGACAUCGCGGGUUACGCCUAUUCCUAAGGGGGAGUCCACUAUGGAUGUCUCUGGUUUUAGGCCUAUUGCCGUGCUUUCAGUGUUUGCGAAAAUUAUGGAAUCAAUUUUGAAUUUACGUAUCGGCAAACAAGUCAACCACUUGCUGCAUGAUGAUCAGCACGGCUUUCGAAAAGCACGAUCGACCACUACUAACCUGGUUAGGCAUGUCGAUUAUGUGCACGCUGAGAUGGAUGCUGGUCAUCAGAAAAGUGGGAGCAUUGUAGCGGAUGAAUACUGCGAACACGACGGAGUUCUAGAUGACGUUGUUGAUUUUAUUAUUAAUGUGCACGAUGAUUCAGAUAAUUCGGAUGAUGGCUGCUUUGAAAGUGAAGAAUCAAGUUCUAGUGAUAUUGAUAUGGACAUAAGUGAUUGA